ACCAAUGAAAACAUGGGUUCGAGCUUAGCCGGUGCUCAUAGGUCUGCAAGAGCUCAAGUGUGAAACUCCUUCUCCUCCACAAUUAUACAAAAUUCCUGGCUCCGUCUUUGUGCAUCAUGGUAUCUUUCUCGUAUUCACUGCUACCUAUGGCCCUGUUUGUUCAAAAAGUCAUAGGAUUUUUUUUAGUCCCAACUAAAAAGUUCUUAGUCUCUACCUGUUUGAUUCCAGGGACUAAACAUGGACUAGAGGUUAUUAAAUGACAUGCUAAAAGCCAAUGUUACCCCGACUAAUGGACUAGAGGUUAUUAAAUGACAUGCUAAAAGCAGGGCCACUUUUGGAAAAAAGUCUCAAAAAGUCCCAAAAAAGACUCUCCCUUAGGAAAUUCUUUCUUUAUUCCCAAAUAUCCACUUUUAGUGCAUAAAAGUCUCUCUUGUUUGGUUAGAUGGGACUAAAAGGAACUUUUUUUUAGUCCCUACAUCAAAAAAUCUCUAUAAACAAACACCCCCUAUAUCAGCCACAUAUCUUAAAGCGUGGCUUGAUGAUCCGGAUAUACAUUAUCCUCGCUUGUCACCAUGUCCCAAAAGUCCACUUCGGUUUCAUCAUUUAUUAAGAUAGAUAUAUGUUAUUUAGUGCUGGGAUCCACAUAUAUUGUUUUGGCCAUCUUUUCUAAGGAGCAGCAGGCCUAGAAGUCACAGAUCGACAUCAAACAAUGCGCUCAUCGACGAGUGUUGGUUUUUGCACAAACAGGCGAGCGUCGCAACAAUGUUUGGAGGUUGUACGAGCCGCGCCGUUUGCCUUCUCCCUCAUUGCAUUGUCGGUUGUUCUGUUGAUCCUGGUCGGCAUUCACGACACAUCGAGUCUUCGUUCGACAAUGUUUGAUUCGACCACAAGAAAAGGUGGAGACGAUGAGAAAUGUGACAUGUCGACGGGCAAAUGGGUGAGGGAACCGCGUGGCCCAAUCUACACUAACCUGACCUGCCCAACCAUCCCUGGCGGGAGAAAUUGCCAGAAAUACAGCAAGGAUCCCCGUCACCUCUACUGGCGUUGGCAACCAGAUCGAUGCGAGCUACCGCGGUUUGCACCGGCGAGGUUCCUCGACCUUGUCCGUGGGAAGCGGCUCGCAUUCAUCGGCGACUCGCUUGCCGGCAAUCAAAUGGACUCUCUUAUUUGUCUCUUGUCUCAAGUUGAAAGGCCCACGGCCAUGUACUCUGAUGCCUCCGACAAAAUCCGAAAAUGGUAUUUCCCAGCGCACGACUUCACGGUCAUGGCGCUGACGACACGGUUCCUCGUGCACGCCGAUCCGGUCCGAGAUAACGACUGGAAGAUCACCAACUCAUUCGACAUCCAUCUCGACAAGCUCGACUCCGUCUGGCGGAGCCGCCUGCCGGAGCUGGACUACGCCAUCCUCUCGGGUGGCAACUGGUUCUUCCGCGUCAACUAUUUCCUGGAAGACGGCCGCCGCGUCGGCUGCACCGGCUGCCAUGACUCCGUCGCCGACCUCACCGACUUCGGCGUCGCCGGUGGAGUCCGACGCGUCGUCAGGGCGGCGCUCGAGGGCAUCGCCCGGUGCAGAGGCUGCAAGCGCGGCCUUGUCACGCUCCUGCGCACCUACACGCCGAGUCACUUCGAGCACGGCACGUGGUACGACGGCGGCUACUGCAACAGGACGCGGCCGUCGGAGGAAGGAGAGGUCUCCUUGAAGGGGGUUGAGUGGGAACUGAGGGCGGUGCAGAGAGAGGAGGUAUGGAGGGCGAGGGAGGCGAGUGGGGGCAAGAGGUUCUUCGAGGCGAUGGACGUGACCAAGGCCAUGAUGAUGCGCCCCGACGGCCACCCGAACUGGCACUCUGUCAACAGGAAGAUUAGCAACGACUGCUUGCACUGGUGCCUGCCAGGGCCGGUGGACAUGUGGAAUGAGAUGCUGCUCCAACGGCUCGCUGAGAUCUCGUCGCCGGCAGUUGCCCGGUAACAUAGGAAUAAACUCUAAAACCUACGCUUGGAAGACUUUGCACUGCGCAAUCAUCUGCCAAGCGACGUUAAUAAAUCCUAGUGUUAAGGGAAUGGCCAAAGAUCGAAGCGUUUCUUUUCCCUAUAAAACAGUGGCUAUUGGGAAAAAACAUCUCCACUCCAAGCAUUGAUGUGGAACGUGGAUUUACCACACCCUUUUACUUGUUGUUCCAGUGGUUGGUGACGGAGGCGGGAAUCUUGAUGCCUCGACUCUGACUACAAGUUUAGGUUAGGAUUUUUUUUUAUU